CUCUCACAUCCACCGGUGUCCGCGCGCUCCGGACCCUUCAGCCUCCCUUUCCUCCUCCUCCCCUUCCUCCCUCCUCUCUCUCCCCUCGCCGCGCAGAGCUCGACGCGCACAGGCACAACAGAUGGUACAGUACCACAGGCUGCAGGAGCGCAAGAAAUUGGCUCAGAAGUACUUUAAUACCUCCGAACUUCGCCGGAACGUUUAGUCUCAGCGGAAGUGGCGGGAUUCUCCGUUGACAAAAGUCGACUUUCCGACCGUCGCUGGACCCCCGCAUUUAGAGGCGCAGUUUGCUGCCAAGGUCGGACGUGGCCAUGCCAUUUGGCUGUUUAACGGUUGGGGAAAAGAAGGAAUACCACAAUCCUUCGGACGUGACGGAUAAAUAUGACCUGGGUCAGAUUGUUAAAUCGGAGGAGUUCUGUGAGAUCUUUAGGGCCAAGGACAAAGCCACCAUGAAAAUGUACACGUGUAAGAAGUUCCUGAAGAAAGACGGGAGGAAAGUCCGGAAGGCUGCCAAAAAUGAGAUCCUCAUCUUGAAGAUGGUGAAGCAUCCCAACAUCCUCCAGCUGGUUGACGUCUUCGAGACCAAAAAGGAGUACUUCCUCUUCCUGGAGCUUGCGACAGGCAGAGAGGUGUUCGACUGGAUCCUGGACCAGGGCUACUACUCGGAGCGGGACACCAGCAACGUGGUGCGGCAGGUCCUGGAGGCCGUGGCCUACCUGCACUCCCUGCACAUCGUUCACAGGAACCUGAAGUUGGAGAACUUGGUGUACUACAACCGUCUAAAGCACUCCAAAAUCGUCAUCAGUGACUUCCACCUGGCCAAGCUGGAGAACGGGCUGAUCAAGGACCCCUGUGGGACACCAGAGUACCUGGCUCCUGAAGUGGUUGGCAGACAGCGGUACGGCCGGCCUGUGGACUGCUGGGCCAUAGGUGUCAUCAUGUACAUCCUUCUGUCAGGCAACCCUCCGUUCUACGACGAAAGCGAUGACGACGAUUACGAAAACCACGACAAGAACCUUUUCCGAAAAAUCCUGGCGGGCGAUUACGAGUUUGACUCUCCGUACUGGGAUGAAAUCUCCGAUUCGGCUAAGAACCUGGUUGCUCGUUUGAUGGAGGUGGAUCAAGACCAGAGGCUGACGGCCCAGGAGGCCAUAAACCAUGAAUGGAUCUCCGGUGGCGCGGCUUCAGAUAAGAACAUCAAGGAAAACGUGUGUGCACAGAUAGAAAAGAACUUUGCCAGAGCUAAAUGGAAGAAAGCUGUGCGAGUCACCACCAUCAUGAAGAGACUAAGAGCGCCUGAGCAGAGCGACUCGAAGCCCGCCGUCCCCGCAGCAGCUGCUGACCCCACGGCUCCCCAGGCCUCCGCCAAUCCCUCAGCGCCUCCGUCUGCGGCUGGGCCCGAUGGCGCUCCUGACGUCGCCGGAGAGGAGAAGAGCCAGCAGGCGGCGGGGGCCCCAGCCGAGGAGCCGCAGCCGCAGGCGGCCGAGCCCACGUCACGCUGCAACGGCGAAGCUUCCGCUGCGCUUCACACGGCGGGCAAGGCAACGGAUGAGCAGGGUUAAAGCCCUGCCCACACCGCCCCCCCCACGGUACCCUCCCGGUGCGAACUCUCCUCCUGCACACUGUACAUUAGCUGCUAGCAUGGUGACACUGACUCUGCUUCUUCCUCACUUGCAGCAUUAGCAUCAUCUCAUGAAGGCUGUGUGCUGCCUUCCCUGAGCGCUGCCUUUCUGUUUUUUCUAACCCGCAUAGCUCUUUCUUGUUAAAUAAUCAAAUCUGUCUCAAACUUGAGCUUUGGAGUCAAACGGGUUCAACUGUCAAGCCAUUGGCUCACACCUAAAGCCUGCCAUUACAAACCGUAUUGAGUGUAAAUAAAUGAGUGACAUUGUACUAAAACUGAUUUUGAUUAGCGCUUAAUAAGCCAACAAGGGGGAAAUUGCAGAAAUGGUCCCCUGUAGGCCACCGUACUAAUCAACAACACACAUGGAGGAAGGUACUGCGCCUGGAAAAACAUUCAUACCCUCGAACCGUUCCAGGUCCUCAUCAUCACAAACUGCAGUGGAUUUUAUUUGAUAAAUGAGAGUGAAAUAAUGCAUUACUAAGUGAUUAUGGCUUUCAAAAUAUCUACAUUGAAAAUCUGCUAAAGCUCAGUCAGACUGACUAGAGAGCAUCUGUCAACAUUCAGUUCAGCUGAUUCUUAAUUGAAUUCAGGUUUGUACUUUGACUAGACCAUUCAAGCACAUGGAUAUACUUUGUUCUGAACUACUCUCUCGUAAGUCUGACUAUGUUGAGGGUCUUUUUUUCUGCUGAAACUUGAAUUUGGCUGCAGUUUUAAACCUUGUGUAGCCUAAACUUUCUAUUGAUGAUGUAAUCUUCUCCAUAAAAUCCCAUACAAAAUCCCAACUGAAUGAGUUUGUGUUUGUAUGGAGCUAUAUUGGGGCCAUAAAGUUGGUUUAAAAAUAUAUAAUAAUAAUAAUUGAA